UUUUAAGCAGUUUCCAAACAUUUUCAAUGCACGCCCUGCGACAACUACAGACAAACCCUAACCCUAAUCCCCCCUCUCAUUAUUACUACACACUACAUUCAUCUCCACACUAUAUAUAUUAUCACUUAACUCCAAGAGAAUUCAAGAAAUCACUUCAUUGACUUCAAAACAAUUCAAGAAAGUUCAAGAAAAUCGCUUCAUAGACUUCUAAAAUCUUCAAGAAAAUUCAAGAAUGUACUACCAAGCAUCACAGUCAUGGAGUGUUGGUAAUACGGGAAGCGGUGGAGGCGGCGGCCACUAUAUGUCGCCGUUGAUGAUGGGGAGUGACCCGCUUGAGAGGGUGGCGAGAUUGGCGUCGGAGAGUGCGGUGGUGAUAUUCAGUGUAAGUAGCUGCUGCAUGUGCCAUGCAGUGAAGAGAUUGUUCUGUGGGAUGGGAGUUAAUCCGACGGCUUACGAGCUGGAUCAAGAUCCGAGAGGGAAGGAGAUUGAACGAGCUUUAAUGAGAUUAAUCGGAGUUAAUUAUUAUUCAAGUGUAGUGCCGGUGGUUUUUAUUGGUGGUAAACUUAUUGGUGGUAUGGAUAGAGUUAUGGCUUCUCAUAUUAAUGGUACUCUUGUUCCUCUUCUCAAAGAAGCUGGUGCUCUUUGGCUUUGAUUAUGGUUAAUUAUCUAAUUAAUUUGUUUGUAAUUUAUUUCAGAAAAAAGAGAAAUACAUUAGUUUUUAUUUCAUAA